AAAUAAUAAUUGGGGAUUGGGAUUUGGAUGGCUCAUCAAUUGUACGGCUACAACCCUUCGUCUUCUUCAUCUUCCACUUCUUCAGUCUACGGAGCUGCCGCUACUCCCACACCCAACGCCUCCUCCUAUACGACGUCGUCUUCCCGUUCUCUAAACUCCGACCAAUACGUACCCAGCUUGAUCCGAUACUCCUCCUCCUCCUCCGCCGCCGCUAAAUACUCCACCUCCGCAGCCAUGUACGACGGCGGCUUCCACUACUCCACCUCCUCCUCCACUCCCAAUGCCACGUCGCAUUUGGCCUCCCAAUCUUCUUGGUCCGAUGCCUCCGACGCCCUCGCCGCCCUCAAACGCUCCUCCGAUGUGCUCUACCAUCAGACUGUUUUGGGUGCCCAUAACACAAUUGGGCAAACUGAAGCUUGGUAUUCUACAAACUCUUUAGGCAAGCGCCCUAGAUUCGACAGUGCAAGCAAUUUGCCUAUAUAUCCACAGAGGCCAGGAGAGAAGGAUUGUGCCCACUAUAUGCUCACAAGAACCUGUAAAUUUGGAGAUAGCUGCAGGUUUGACCAUCCUAUUUGGGUUCCUGAGGGUGGAAUCCCAGAUUGGAAAGAGGUUCCACCUCUUGCUACAACAACUGAAUCCCUUCCUGAGAGACCAGGGAUGCCAGAUUGUCCAUAUUUUCUGAAAACUCAAAGAUGCAAGUUUGGAUUGAGGUGUAAGUUUAAUCAUCCAAAAGAUAAAUUGGUGACUGAGGUUGCUUUAGAGAAUGCUGGCAUGCCUGCAUUACCUGAGAGGCCAUCUGAGCCCCCAUGUGCUUUCUAUAUGAAGACUGGAAACUGUAAAUUUGGUCCAACCUGCAAGUUCAAUCACCCAAAAGAUAUUCAGAUACCUUUGCUUGGGCAAGAGAAUGGUAAUGGUGAACAGACUGAAUUAGCAAUUAAGGCACUAGCAACUGCAGAUGCAAUACUAGCUAAUAGUCUUGCUUCAUACACCCCAGCAUUAAUAUAUAACUCCAAGGGACUUCCUGUUAGACCGGGUGAAGCUGAUUGUCCAUUCUACCUCAAAACUGGCAGUUGCAAGUAUGGUGCCACUUGCCGCUACAACCAUCCUGACCGGCAUGCGAUUAAUCCACCUGCCGCUGCAAUAGGCCUUCCCAUUGUUGCCUCCCCAGCAACCAAUCUGAACAUUGGAGUUGUCAAUCCAGCAGCUUCUAUUUAUCAGACUAUUGACCCUAGAUUGGCUCAGCCAACGGUGGGCCCAACUAUCUACCCUCAACGACCUGGACAGAUUGAAUGUGAUUUCUAUAUGAAGACUGGGGAGUGCAAGUUCGGGGAAAAUUGCAAGUUCCAUCACCCUAUUGACCGUUCUGCACCAUCACUGUUAAAACAAGCUCAGCAACAAGCUGUUAAGCUCACUCUUGCAGGUUUACCUAGGAGAGAGGGUGCUGUUCUCUGCCCGUAUUAUUUGAAAACCGGCACAUGCAAGUUUGGUGCAACCUGUAAGUUUGACCACCCACCUCCUGGAGAGGUAAUGGCAAUGGCAACAUCACAAGGAACAUCCACAGCUAUUGAAGGGGAUGAAAAUGAGGCUGAAUUGGUGCAGGAACAGCAACAGUGAGGUCACUUAAAAGAAGGGCUCCCUUUUUUUCUUUUUUCUUUUUGGUGUUGCUCAAAUGUAAUUCAGAUAAUGUACAUGAAUGACUUGUUCUAUUAGCACUCUGUAUUGUGUGAUUUUGCUGUAAGCCUUAGUGAUGAACCCAAACGCCUUUAUUGACGUAAUUUAGUUUUUAUUAUGAUGUGUUAAUUAAAUUUAGUGAAUAUGUGGUUGGGGCUGA